AUGACAGAGCACCAAUACCAACAAUUCCGAAGGGCUGGCAUAAUUGAGAAAGUACCUUCGCAAGCAAUGGCAACUCAGCCUGCCAUAGUCGAGCCACCAUGCAUUGGAUUCUAUCCUUACAAGAUCCUGGAUGUCAUUACAGAAGCGCCGCAGCUAAGCAGCAGCGACAGUAGCAGCAGCAGCACCGAAGCUAGCAACGCCAACACCAGCAACACCAGCAUUGACGCCAACACUAGCACAAAUAGCACUGACAAUACCAACUGUAGCUGCAAUAACAACAGCAAUCACAACACCGUCAUCCACUUGCCUACAUUGAGAAAGUCGUCAAAGCAGGCCUCUCAGGAUACUCUUUUACCAUUAUCAAACUUGAUUCAAUCUUUCAAUUCGCUCCUUACUACACGCAACAAUGCAUAUAUCGAGGUGAUCAGCUCUAACCUUGAGAAGGUUGCAGAUGUGCUCUUGGAGGCCAAAGAGAAGGAUGACAAGGUGGCUAAUCUGCUGUUGGAAACCAAAGAAAAGGACAGCGAGCUGCAUAAACUGAAAGACAAGAUGCUUAAUCUGGUAUUGGAAACCAAAGAGAAGGACAGCGAGAUGUUUAAACUACAAGAGAAGAUGUUUAAACUACAAUUGGAAGCUAAGGAGAAGGAUGACAUAAUACAACAUCAAGGCCCUGACAAGCUUGCUACCCUUCAAAAGCAUGUCCAUGCUAUCCUUAAGCAGAACGUUGAGCUCCACGAAUACGUAAUUCCUCGACUGUUUAUCAUUCUACCUGUCGAUCACACCAAGUGGGAUCCAACGAAUGUCUUGAAGAACAAAAUUCGUGUUCAUUUCCUAUGUGAAUGUGGAGAUCACACUGCAAUGACAAGCAAGAAUAGUCAGAAGCCACUCCAUAUCACCAAACAUGAUGGAUAUGAGAUCCGAAGCAGCACAGAAUUCUUCCGCAAGUACGGAAAGCACAUGUUCAUCCUCUUACAGUGGCUCAAGCUGAGAAUGUCUUCGUCUGCAACUCUGGCACCAUCCCCAGAUUUGACGGAUGCUGGUAUCGAUUGUUCAAUCGACUAUAUGGAAGCACUCUCUAAGGAGGAUCCAGGCUUGAGCAACAUUGCUACAAUCGAUGACUAUGAUGGACUGAAAGGAUCAGAUUUCCAAAAUGUGUGGACAUCCCUUCGAACCAAUGAUGAAGACAGGCAAUUUGGGAACUUGUACAGGAUCAUGAGCGAAACAGGGCGUGCCAAAUGGGUUUGUCUCGAUCACUGUUGCUCGAUGUAUGAAGAAAAAGAACAGAAGGCAUUUGUAAGUGCAGUGGAAGUGAAUAGUGGCAAAUAUAACGGGCACCUUGGUAAAGUAACUAUCACACUCAGGUCCAGAAAGAGAGCUAAAGGUCUUUUCGAUGCACUAAGCAGGUCAAGACGAGUUUACGAGUUGGAUAUCACAUUUGGCUGGGAUUGGACUGAGAUUGAUCUUGAAGCAUUUGAGAAUGCUUUAGCGGUGUCGAGUGUAUCGAAUCUUCGACUUGGGCUUGCACGAACUCAAAGGAAUGCCGGUACAAAAGAUUCUUCAAUACCCGCGCGAUAUGAGAGGCUUAUUCGCAUCAUAGAGCUCAGUAACAUGAAAACAAUCCAUAUUACUCUAUCUCAGGAUCUCAUGAAACUUCUCGGUUUAGGGCCUGCAAAACUGGCGCACCUUCAUAAGCUAACCUUUGGGGUGAAGGCUCGAUCGAUUGGAGCCAGCGAAUUACAAGGGCUUGUAAAUUCACUCAAGACUAACACGGCAUUAACGACUUUGGACUUGACCAACAACUCAAUUUUUGAUAAAGAAGUCCUGACACUGUCAGAGGCGCUCAAGACCAAUAUAACUCUAGCGAUUUUGGACUUGAGUGACAACUCAAUUGGGGAUAAAGGAGCUCUGUCACUGUCGGAGGCACUUAAGGUUAACAGUAGCUUGACCUCUUUGACGCUGGGUAGCAACUCAAUUGGGGAUAAAGGAGCUCUGGCACUGUCAGAGGCGCUCAAGGUCAACAGUAGUUUGAUGACUUUGAACUUGAGUUACAACUCAAUUGAGGAUGAAGGAGCUCUGGCAUUGUCAGAAGCGCUCAAGGUUAACACUAGUUUGAUAACUUUGGACUUGAGUGACAACUCAAUUGAGGAUGAAGGAGCUCUGGCACUGUCAGAGGCGCUCAAGGUCACCAGUAGUUUGAUGUCUUUGGACUUGAGUUACAACUCAAUUGAGGAUGAAGGAGCUCUGGCACUGUCAGAGGCGCUCAAGGUCACCAGUAAUUUGAUGACUUUGGACUUGAGUGACAACUCAAUUGGAAAGAAAGGAACCUUGGCACUGUCAGAGGCACUCAAGGUCAAUACAACUCUGACGACUUUGAACUUGGAUGGCAACGCAUUUAGGGAUAAAGCAGCUCUGGCAAUCUCAGAAGCCCUCAAGACAAACGCAGUUUUAGCCAAAUAA